UUUUUUUAAGAAACAAAAAAACCAUUCCAAAAAUCCCCCCCCCCUUUUUUUUCUCCCCGUCGGGAUCGCUGUUUCCAUCCAUGUGCUUGCAUCUCCCCCGCGUUCCACUUAAACUAUUUUAAUCCUUGGACCCAAGGAGGAGGCUGAUAGGGGGGGUGGGGGUGGAUAAAAAAAGUUCUUCCAAAAUAGUGUGCCCGGGGAGCAGGAUGGGGGAUUUCGCAGCCCCCGCUGCUGCCGCGAAUGGCAGUAGUAUUUGCAUCAACAGUACCCUGAACAGCAGCCUCGGCGGGGCCGGGAUCGGUGUGAAUAAUACUCCCAAUAGUACUCCCGCUGCUCCGAGUAGCAAUCACCCCGCGGCCGGAGGCUGCGGCGGCGGCGUUGGCUCCGGGGGCCCCGGCGGCAGCUCGGCGGCCGUCCCCAAGCACAGCACCGUGGUCGAGCGGCUCCGCCAGCGCAUCGAGGGCUGCCGGCGGCACCACGUCAACUGCGAGAACAGGUACCAGCAGGCUCAGGUGGAGCAGCUGGAGCUGGAGCGCCGGGACACCGUGAGCCUCUACCAGCGGACCCUGGAGCAGAGGGCCAAGAAAUCUGGCGCCGGCCCCGGGAAGCAGCAGCAGCAGCACCCGAGCAAACCCCAGCAAGAUGCGGAGGCUGCCUCGGCGGAGCAGAGGAACCACACGCUGAUCAUGCUACAAGAGACUGUGAAAAGGAAGUUGGAAGGAGCCCGAUCGCCACUUAAUGGAGACCAGCAGAAUGGUGCUUGUGAUGGGAGUUUUUCUCCAACUAGCAAGCGAAUUCGAAAGGACAUUCCUGCUGGGAUGGAAGCCAUCAACAAUUUGCCCAACAGCAUGCCACUACCUUCAGCUUCUCCUCUUCACCAACUUGACCUGAAGCCUUCUUUGCCUUUGCAGAACAGUGGAACACACUCUUCUGGGCUCCUGGAAGAUCUAAGCAAGAAUGGUAGGCUCCCUGAAAUCAAGCUUCCCGUCAAUGGCUGCAGUGACCUGGAGGACAGCUUCGCCAUCUUGCAGAACAAGGACCUCAAGCAAGAACCUCUAGAUGACCCCACUUGCAUAGACACAUCAGAAACAUCUCUUUCCAAUCAGAACAAGCUCUUCUCGGACAUUAACCUGAAUGAUCAGGAGUGGCAAGAAUUAAUAGAUGAACUGGCCAACACGGUUCCUGAAGAUGACAUCCAGGACCUAUUCAAUGAGGACUUUGAGGGGAAGAAGGAGCCAGAAUUCUCGCAACCAGCCACGGAGACCCCUCUCUCCCAGGAGAGUGCGAGCGUGAAGAGUGACCCCUCUCACUCUCCUUUUGCACAUGUGUCCAUGGGGUCUCCCCAAGCCAGGCCCUCCUCGUCUGGUCCUCCCUUCUCCACCGUCACCCCAGCCACCAAUUUACCUUCGGUUGCCAGCACUCCUGCAGCAUCAAACCCUGACAGCUCACCAGCAAACUGUGCUGUCCAGUCCCCCCCAACUCCAAACCAAGCGCACACUCCCGGCCAAGCUCCCCCUCGGCCUGGAAAUGGUUAUCUCCUUAAUCCUGCAGCAGUGACUGUGGCUAGUUCCGGCCCCGUGACUGUGCCCAGCUCCGACAUGUCUCCAGCAGAGCAGCUCAAGCAGAUGGCUGCACAGCAGCAGCAGAGGGCCAAACUCAUGCAACAGAAGCAGCAGCAACAGCAACAGCAGCAGCAGCAGCAGCAACAGCAACACUCCAAUCAGACUUCAAAUUGGUCUCCCCUAGGACCUCCAUCCAGUCCAUAUGGCACAGCUUUUACUGCAGAGAAACCAAAUAGCCCAAUGAUGUACCCCCAAGCCUUUAACAACCAAAACCCUAUAGUGCCUCCCAUGGCAAACAACCUGCAAAAGACAACACUGAAUAACUACCUCCCUCAAAAUCACAUGAAUAUGAUCAGUCAGCAGCCAAAUAACUUGGGUACAAACUCCUUAAGCAAACAGCACAAUAUUCUCACUUAUGGCAACACUAAACCCCUGACCCACUUUAAUGCAGACUUAAGUCAGAGGAUGACCCCACCAAUGGCCAACCCCAACAAAAACCCCUUGAUGCCCUACAUCCAGCAGCAGCAGCAGCCGCCACCGCCACAGCCGCAGCAGCCUCCACCACCGCAGCUCCAGACUCCCAGGGCACACCUGAGUGAGGAGCAGAAACGCAUGCUUCUCAUGAAGCAGAAAGGAGUGAUGAAUCAGCCCAUGGCUUACACAGCUCUUCCAUCCCACGGCCAGGAGCAGCAGCACUCCGUGGGGAUUCCCCGGAGCAGCGGCCCCAUGCAGUCCACAGUGGCGCCGGGCUCUGGAGGCCUGGUCUCUGGGGCCAGUCCUGGGGCUCCAGGCUUCCUGGGCAGCCAGCCCCAGGCGGCGCUCAUGAAGCAGAUGCUCAUGGACCAGCGGGCCCAGCUGAUGGAGCAGCAGAAGCAGCAGUUCCUGCGUGAGCAGCGGCAGCAGCAGCAGCAGCAGCAGCAGAUUCUGGCUGAGCAGCAAUUGCAGCAGUCACAUCUACCCCGGCAGCACCUCCAGCAACAGCGGAAUCCGUACCCCGUGCAGGUCAAUCAGUUUCAAGGGUCUCCCCAGGACAUGGCAGCUGUGAGGAACCAGGCAGCCCUCCAGACCAUGCGAACAUCACGGCUGAUGGCACAGAACACAGGCAUGAUGGGAUUGGGACCCUCCCAGAACCCGGGGACAAUGGCCACGGCAGCAGCCCAGUCAGAGAUGGGACUGGCUCCGUACAACACCACAGCCACCAGCCAAGCAGGAAUGUACAAUAUGAGCACAGGAAUGACCCAAAUGUUGCAGCAUCCAAACCAAAGUGGCAUGAGCAUCCCACACAACCAAGGCCAGGGACCAAGGCAGCCUGCCUCUGGGGGGCAGGGCGUCGGGAUGGUGAGUGGUUUUGGUCAGAGCAUGCUGGUGAGCUCAGCCCUCAGCCAGCAGCACCAGCAGAUGAAGGGGCCAGUGGGGCAGGCCUUACCCAGGCCUCAGGCAACCCCUAGGCUCCAAAGCAUUAUGGGGACAGUCCAGCAAGGUACACAAAGCUGGCAACAGAGGAGCCUGCAGGGGCUGCCUGGGAGGACUAGUGGAGAGCUGGGACCAUUCAACAACAGCGCCAGCUACCCCCUGCAAACAGGUCAACCGAGACUGACCAAGCAACACUUUCCACAGGGACUGAGCCAAUCAGUCGUGGACGCUAACACAGGCCCAGUGCGAACCCUUAACCCAGCUGCUAUGGGCCGGCAGAUGAUGCCCCCGCUCCCAGGGCAGCAAGGCACGGGCCAGGCGAGACCAAUGGUCAUGCCUGGCCUGAGCCAGGGCGUCCCGGGCAUGCCAGCCUUCAACCAGUCCCCAGCCCAGCAGCAGAUCCCCAGCGGCAGCUUUGCAGCCAGCAGCCAAGGCCAAGCCUAUGAGCGGAACCCUGCUCAGGACAUGUCCUACAAUUACGGCGGUGAAGCAGCGGGGGCGCCCUUCCCGGGCCUCCCGGACAGUGCUGACCUAGUGGACUCCAUCAUCAAAGGCGGGCCAGGGGAUGAGUGGAUGCAGGAGCUGGAUGAGUUGUUUGGGAACCCCUAGUUAGCAGGGACUCCAAGAGCUGCAACAUGAGUGGUUCAAGUGAAAAAAAAGAAACAGGAUGUGGACCCAUCCUCGUUUUUUCUGUUGUUGUUGUUUUAUUGGCCCAAGUACACUGAGCACAACUGUAGCUGCCUGACAGAGGAAGAUCCUACAGCCUUGCUUGGCCCGACCUCACAAGUAGGUGCAGACCCCUGAUGUGAGGGAGGGAGGCCCGUGCAGGGGCAGGGAGGCGCAAGGCAGAGCCAGCCAGCCAAGGCCAGCUGCUCUGCACUCCCUGGGACUGCCUAGUCCAGCAAGCGCUGCUCCAGCCUGGAGCAACCGUGGCUCCAUCUGCACCACUUGUGGAGGCUGCAGCUUUGGAGACACGAAACCAAGCCUCUACCACAGAGAAUCCCCACAGAGGCUGCUGGGCGAUUGCAGAGGCCAAGUACACAGGUCAGAAAUGCGGUGAACCCUGGUGGAAAGAAAUGCAGGGCUUCUGGGCGUGCUACUGGAUUGGGAGAUGGUGACCGAGGGACGGUGAGAUGGUCACACGGAGAUGACGAGGGUAUCUCCUGCCCUCCGAUGGCCCUCAGGAGUUGUGAGGCCUUGCUGUAGGGCCCCUCAAAAGGACAGCCUGCCAAGUUGGGGA